AUGACCAAAUUGUCUUGUAUUAUUCUGUUGUCGUUUCUGCCAUUCGUUCUAAGUGGUGGAGCAUAUCGUCCAGGUCCUUAUCGGCCUUAUCCACCUCCUCUGCCUUCUCAUCAACCAAAUCGUCACCCACAGUAUCCGGGCCAAUAUCCCCCUUCUCCUCCUCCUCCUCCACCUAAGUACGACUAUAACCAGCAACCAGAAGAGUAUAAUGGAUAUACUGAAGGCUACGACAACUCAUAUAAUGACUACAAUAAUAAUAAUUAUUAUUAUAACAACAAUUAUGAUAAUGGUUAUAGUUACAAUGAUUACGGUAAUAAAAAUGAUUACAAUUAUUAUGACAAUAAUGAAUAUAAUAAUAAUAAUAAAUACGAGUCUGACAAUUAUAAACCGGAAUCUUAUCAGUAUGAUAAUAACAACGACUAUGGCAAUGGUGAAAAGUAUACUAAUGAUUAUAACAAUAAUGAUUACAAGCCAACAAAUGAUUACUCUCAAGGGAAUACAUACAAUGGAGAAUAUGUCCCAGAAAAGAAAUACGAGAACUCUUAUCAACAACCCGAGUAUAUACCAUAUGCUGAAAGUGGCAAAGGCGCAAUUCCAUCAAUCAGCACUGGGAUAAUAUCUGGAUCAAAAUAUAGUCAUGGUAGAUUAGAUGUGAAGGGCAGAUUCAUUGGUGUUGGUCAUCAAGACUAUGGUUUAAAUUAUCAGUCAAUUACUAAAUUCCGUAAAGGUGGAGGAUAUGAUAUUUAUGGCAGAAAACGACAGUAUCUAGAUUAUGAUACUAUGGGUCAUGUGAAACAGUAUGGUAAUAAGCAUAUGAAGGCUAAAUUUGAAGUUGUUGGCAAUUUGAAGGGUAAUUCUAAAUUCAACGACAAAUCAAACUUCAGUCCUUAUGGAGAGGAAACUUACUGA